GGGGGAAGAGAGUGAACAAGAGAGAGAAGAGGCGUUCUCUAACAGAAAGAGGUAGAGGAGAGGAGAGCAAAAUAGUUGUUUCUUAUCUCCGUGGAUCUCACACUGAGAGUUGUCUCACCACAAGAGAGGGAAUAUUUUUUUUAUUUUUCUUCUGUUCAUGUUAUCACCACUGAUCAUACAGAAUAAAAACCUUGUGAAACUGGGAUUUUCUUCAAUCUGAACUCAACUGUAAAACAGAUUUAAUCUCAGACUGAUUCUUCUUGUGGGACUAGUUUUAUUAGGAUCCUACUAGUUGUCUGGUGUGGAUAUAAUACCAGUCUGUCUCUGAGAUGGGGUCCAGAACUCUUCUACUUGUUCUGGGUCUUCAUUUCACUCUUCUGGGGAACCUAGAGGCCAGAGAUUGCGGCCUGGGCUUCUUAGACAAAGGGAGUCAACAAUGUGAUGAUAUAGAUGAGUGUAAAGAUUUGGACAGUACCCCACCCUGUGGAAGUAAAGCCAAGUGUUACAACACAUAUGGAAGCUUCUUCUGUCAGUGUCAACCUGGGUUCAAAUCCACAACGACUGUUGACUUCACCUUUUCUGGACAGUGUAAUGAUCUCAAUGAGUGCCAAGAGACACCACAGGUUUGUGGCAGCAACGCCGCUUGCCUCAACACCAUCGGGAGCUUCAAUUGCCAGUGUCAACCUGGGUUCAGAUCCACAACGACUGUCAACUAUACUGCUCUCACUGGGGAUUGUAAGGACAUCAAUGGUUGCUUCGACUGCCCCUGUACUUCUGAAUACGGCAAAAGAGGAGAUGGGGAUUGUAAUGACAUCAAUGGUUGCUUCGACUGCCCCUGUACUUCUGAAUACGGCAAAAGAGGAGAUGGGGAUUGUAACGACAUAGAUGAGUGUAAUGGAACUGCUCGUAUCUGUGGAGAGGGAGGGACCUGUCAGAACCAGGAAGGAAGCUACAGUUGCCUCUGUCGACAUGGAUACAGUAAUUAUGGCAACAAACAGGCGAGGUGCUCAGUACUGACGUGUGACCAGUUUAAAGGGGAUGAGACUCCUGGACAGAAUGUCCCAGGUUUAGCUGGUCUCCUGUCUCUGAUGAGGAACAGCUGUCUGGCGUUAAGUAACUCUGGGGAAGCAGCCGGAGGGAGACUGACUGGAGAGGUGUUACUGGAGAAUGUCUUCACGCAGGUAGACAGUUUCCUGUCUCAAGGUAUCCUAAGCAACAGCCGUGAGGUGAGUAGGUUGCUCGGCGCUGUGGAGGACGCCAUGAAGCUUAUAGCGCCGCAGCUCAGAGACAACCACACCACCAUGGAAACAGACCACACAGAGGCUGAGAUUGCAGUGAGGAGGGGACAGACUCCGCCCAUUGGGACAAUCAGCCUGGCCAAUGACAACGCUCGACUGGACACCAGCUGGGAGACAGCCACCGGCAACGGGACGUACCCAGGUUUCGCUCUGGCUGGGUUGGUGUGUUACAAGACAGUGGAGAGAUAUGUCAACGACUCCUUCCAGUACCUCACUGACACUGACAGAGACACAGCAACCACCACGGUGUCAAAGCCUAGCUACCAGAUCAGUUCCAAGGUGGUAACAGCCUUUGUCAGUAACCCAGCAACAGACCACCUCACCCAGCCUGUCAUCCUCACCUUCAAACAUCUACAGGUGAGGGCAGAGUCUUCACAAAUGAACUACACCUGUGUGUUCUGGCGUGUCCAUGAAGAGGGAGGGGCGUGGUCAAGGCGUGGCUGUACCAAAGUCACAUCUAACGCUACAUACACCGUGUGUUCCUGUUCCCACCUGAGCAGCUUUGCUGUUCUCAUGGCCCUCUACCCUAUAAAGGUACACACACACACACACACACACACACACACACACACACACACACACACACACACACACACACACACACACACACACACACACACACACACACACACCGGAUGAUGUCAAGGUAAUGCUCCUCAAGUCGGUUGGGAAUUCUACUUUGUGCAUGACACAAGUAAUUUUUCAAACAAUUGUUUACAGACAGAUAAUUUCACUUAUAAUUCACUGAAUCACAAUUCCAGUGGGUCACAAGAUUAGACAUUAACUUGACUGUGCCUUUAACUUAGGAUAGCUGAAGAUGUUUAACAUUCACUGAGGAUAGAUGAUGAUGCUUAACAUUCACUGAGGAUAGAUGAUGAUGCUUAACAUUCACUGAGGAUAGAUGAUGAUGGUUAACAGUCACUGAGGAUAGCUGAUGAUGCUUAACAUUCACUGAGGAUAGAUGAUGAUGGUUAACAGUCACUGAGGAUAGCUGAAGAUACUUAACAUUCACCGAGGAGAGCUGAAGAUGCUUAACAUUCACUGAGGAUAGCUGAAGAUGCUUAACAUUCACUGAGGAUAGCUGAUGGUGCUUAACAUUCACUGAGGAUAGCUGAUGAUGGUUAACAGUCACUGAGGAUAGCUGAAGAUACUUAACAUUCACUGAGGAUAGCUGAUGAUUCUUAACAUUCACUGAGGAUAGAUGAUGAUGCUUAACAUUCACUGAGGAUAGAUGAUGAUACUUAACAUUCACUGAGGAUAGAUGAAGAUGCUUAACAUUCACUGAGGAUGCUUAACAUUCACUGAGGAUAGCUGAAGAUGCUUAACAUUCACCGAGGAUAGCUGAUGAUGCUUAACAUUCAUUGAGGAUAGCUGAUGAUACUUAACAUUCACUUAGAAUAGCUGAUGAUGGUUAACAUUCACUGAGGAUAGCUGAAGAUACUUCACAUUCACUGAGGAUAGCUGAUGAUGCUUAACAUUCACUGAGGAUAGCUGAUGAUGCUUAACAUUCACUGAGGAUAGCUGAUGAUGGUUAACAUUCACUGAGGAUAGCUGAUGAUGGUUAACAUUCACUGAGGAUAGCUGAAGAUACUUAACAUUCACUGAGGAUAGCUGAAGAUGCUUAACAUUAACUGAGGAUAGCUGAAGAUGCUUAACAUUCACUGAUGAUAGCUGAAGAUGCUUAACAUUCACUGGGGAUAGCUGAAGAUGCUUAACAUUCACUGAGGAUAGCUGAUGAUGCUUAACAUUCACUGAGGAUAGCUGAUGAUACUUAACAUUCACUUAGAAUAGCUGAUGAUGGUUAACAUUCACUGAGGAUAGCUGAAGAUACUUCACAUUCACUGAGGAUAGCUGAUGAUGCUUAACAUUCACUGAGGAUAGCUGAUGAUGCUUAACAUUCACUGAGGAUAGCUGAUGAUGGUUAACAUUCACUGAGGAUAGCUGAUGAUGGUUAACAUUCACUGAGGAUAGCUGAAGAUACUUAACAUUCA